AUGGCGCAGCCUAAGGUGCACAGCACCUUGAUCAUUGAUCAGGCAGCAUUAGAAACACAAGGCGCCAGUCUGCGCCUUUAUCGAGAGUCGAUACGCAAGUGGCAAAUGUCCGUGGCGCAUAUCGACAAUUCUGACGGUACGGUGGACCACGCAAUGGCAAAAAACCCGGGCUCUCCGCCUUAUCAGCCUCGAUCAGCACUGAACUUUGGGACAUGA